CGGCACAUGACGGCUGCACUUCAUAGUUUCAGUAGCCGCGCUGACACGACCGAACCUAUCUGCGCCUCACACCCAUUGCGCACGAGUUCUUUACUUGAUCGCUACCCUGGACCGUCGUAGCGUUCUACCGGCGUAUAGAAUAUUUUAUAGUGCCGCUCUAUAUUUUAUGAGCUCAAAAAUAAAUUAGGUUACCUUCGGUUUUAUUUGUCUUUGUACCUUUACAAAAAUAUAUUUCCGUGUUGAAGUUUACAAUCAGAAGUUGUACAAGUGGGAUAUUUGUUCAGGUGUGGCCGAAAUUUGUGGAGCAUAGCGUACUAUAUGUAAUUGCACAAGUGGUUUAUCACCCUAGUGGACAGAGUUCCUUCGUUCUGACCGUGCAGUGGAAGAAGCACCUUGACUAUCAGUGGUGCCUUACAUAAUAGUACGAGUUCGAACGUUACGUUUAAAAUGGUUAUCAGUAAACUCGUAAAUAGUGGGCGAAAUAGCAAGUGUAGCAAGUGAAGUGAUGUUUGCUAAUGUAAAUCGUUGAACAGUUGAAUAAAUCUUUAUUAUAAUUUAAUGAGUCGUAAGCGUGGUUGAACGUGUUCGCAAUCAAAUAUUAUGAAGCCAUAUGGAGUCGUUAUUGUCCUGUCGUCGCUCAUAUUCUUUAAAUCUUCCAAAGCACAAUGCCCAGUUGAUCGGUCGGUGACAUACGUCCGGUGGUCAGGAGUGGCUCCGGAGACUGCGAAGCCAGUGUUUGUGUACUCCGCGAGCGGCGAUGAGCAGUCUCUGGCAGGAGCCUGUCUAGCCAGGUGUCGGGAGCUGGAGGAGUGUGCGGCAGUCAUCGUGGCAUACGGCAGAGGAAACUGCCAGGGCAUAGCAGAUCACACCUCAGCAAAAUUGAAGGUGGAUAACGAUGUCGCCUUCUUCAAAAAAGUUUGUUUGACACUGCCUGACGAAUGUAGCACGCGCUGGUGGAUGUUGGAGAACACUCCUGGCUACCACCUGCACUCCGAAGUGUCUCACCUCAAGGUCAUCCUCAACACAACCAUCUACGAGUGCUACGAUGCUGUCUUCACGUACAACGGUGAUAAAAAGUUUAGAUCUGCGCAGUGGGUAGUACCUCAGAGCGAGUUCGACCCCGAUGUUAUCUACACGUCAGAUUCCCUGGUCGGCAACUGUAUCCUCAAUGCGGAGAACAGAUUCACUGAACCGGAGUCCUAUCGUGUAUCUAAUUAUUACACGGUGUACAUCGAAAACCAAUGUAGACAUGACUAUCCACAGAAGAUAGAAAGAUGUUCUUACGAAGAAUACUACAACCAAACAUUGAGACAUGUUGAAUUUACUAUGAAGAACUACUCGAGAGACGAGUGCAAAUCAUCCUGUGAGCGGUCUGAGCUGUUCAUUUGUCGAGGAUUUACGUGGAUAUCGAGGGGGAAGGGCAAAGGUGGUGGGGAGAGAGGUCUAUGCGAUCUGCACAGUGAAGAUCUCAUUACCACCGGCUCCUGGCUGCUGAGGCGAAUUUCCACAGCUACUUAUUACCGCAGAGUGGUCUGCUUAAACAUCUCCGUAGAAUGCGAAAGUACGCACAUGGUGGUGACAUAUCGGCCGCACGGGUUGUUUAGGGGACGGCUGUAUGUCCCUGGGAGAGGGGAGAAGUGCAGCGCACGAGCUAUAGGCCACACCGUGCGACUCAACCUACCCAUGAAAGGAGACUGUGACGUCAACUUCGCUUACGGCAUCUCAAACGGCCCUAAUGGAAUCAUUAACAGGACGAUGGCGUACGUGAUCGUGAUGAUUCAGAACAACCCAAUCAUACAGACGGCGGGUGACCGCUGGGUGCGGGUGGGUUGCUCACCAGAUUCGAGGAAAGUUAAGCAGGUUGGCACCACCGUCUCUGUUAGAGAACUCGGUGGUUAUAGGAGUCCGGUUGCGUCGACUGAGUCGGAGUCGCCAGCUCUCCAAACCCCGGCAGCAGCGAGCGCAGUAUACGGCGGCAGCAGCACUCCGGUGUCGAUGUACGUGGUGCGGGCGCUCGACGAGACCGGGGCUGGGGCAGUGUCCUUGGGAGAACCUCUAGAACUGCGGAUCGAGACCACAGACAAUUUGGAAAUCAAACCAUAUCAUCUCGUGGCUUCUUCGAGACUUGGUGACAGUUCUGUACUGCUACUCGAUAGCAGGGGCUGUCCUACUGGACAGGUGGACUUCCCUGCGUUCUCCCGGAGUUGGGUCGGCGAUAUACAGCGUCUGUCGGCGCGAUUCAAAGCCUUCCGCUUCCCUACAUCGCACAUCGUAAGAUUCGCCAUUAUGGUCCGAUUCUGCGAUCAGAAGUGUCCAGAGGUGAAAUGCAAUUCUGGCAGACGUAGCACUCGUCAGACUAACGACACAUUAUACCAGUGGGGUGACGACGGGGUACCUGCUGAAGUGCAUCCUGAAGACGGGAAGGAAGGGGAGGCGGGCAAGGUGGGGGCGGCGGGUAGAGGAGCUGCGGGGCGCGUGGUGGCGCGGGGCGCGGCGGCGGGCUGCGCGCCCCCGGCCGGGGACUCGCUCGCCAUGACGCUGGAGCUGCUCGUAGACUCCAAGGAUAUCCUGUCAGCCGACACGCUGGUGCGAGCUGACCAUCGGGCCACACUGCCGGAAGACGGCAGGCUGGUCGAGGACGGUGCAAUGGUGUGCAUCCACGAGUUACUGCUGGUGACGCUCGCGCUAGCCUGGCUCGCAGUGCAGAUUGUACUUCUACUUGGCUGCUGUGUACUCGUCAAGAGGUAUCGCAAUUUGGCCGAAAUGAACAUGCAGAAAGACUACCAGUCGUUCGAUAACGUGGGCUUCGAGACUGGCUCCUCCACGAGACGCGUGCACUGGCCGGACCAGCAUGUGGACAUACUACACUCCACUUAGAAAUACAACAUCCUGUAGGAUUGUGAUUGUGACACUACGUACUUAUAGCCCAUACUUUCGUUCAUUGAAAUGAUUUUUUUUUUACUUAUCACUGUUUAACCGAUUGUAGGAAGGGUAUUGUUUUUUUAAUAAUUGGUGCUAUAUGGUAAGCGUCCACAGGUCCGCAUCGUACGCAUCGGACGGAUCGCAUCAAACGGAUUGACUGCGUCCACUGUAUCGGCAGCGUUCGGAUUGCCGACGCGAGUAUUAGCAAUCGGAUUGCCGAUGCCACUUUCACUAGGAUUUUUUGCAUUUGCAUUCCGUAUGACGUGAUCGGCACGCAUCGCAUCUAGGCAUUGCCGAUGAGCGGUCCGUACGAUGCGGAUCAGUGAACGCAGUUGUAUGAGUUUCUAUACAAGACAAACUAAAACCCGUUGCGUGCGAUGCGUCCGAUGCGUUAGAUGCGGGCAUGUGAACGCUUACUUUUAAUACGAAUUUAUAGUUGUAUUUCCAAGAAAUAAACGAUGUACUGUACUUAUACAGGACAUAUCCUACUAGGUAGGUAGUUAUAUUCUACUUAUGCUAGCCUAAUCGGCUUUUAAAAUUUUAAGGUUUUUUUUCCUAUUUUGCCCAGUGCACUUCGUAUCGCCUCUGUUGUGCCUGUGUGAAGUGUAGCGUUUGUAUCAAACUACUUGUAGGUUUAUGUGAUCUUUUUAGUAAGGCAGUCUAGAAUAGUAGUUAAGUAUAAAAAUUGCGAUUCCAGUACUUACAUAUAUGUAUGGUAGAGUUCAAAUAAAAGUGUGUGACGAUAUAUCUUCAUUGAGUGUGUAAAUAGUUUAAGCUAACUGUCGUAAAUAGCAAAUAUGUAAUAGAAUUGUAAAGGGAAUUGUAAAUACCUACCUACAUAUAUUAUAUUAUUCUAUAUCUUGAA